AUGGCCACCGUCAAUAUUCGCCGGGAUAUCACGGAUCCCUUCUAUCGCUACAAGAUGGAAAAGCUCCAGGCUAAAGUCGAGGGCAAGGGCAACGGUAUUAAGACCGUUGUCGUCAACUUGAACUCGGUCGCCCAGUCUCUCAGUCGGCCUCCUGCCUAUCUCAUCAAGUACUUCGGGUUUGAACUUGGUGCCCAGGCCAACGCUAAGCCCUCCGACGAGCGUUGGAUCAUCAACGGUUCUCACGAUGCCCCCAAGCUCCAGGACUACCUUGACGGCUUCAUCUCCAAGUUUGUGCUAUGCAAGAAGUGCAAGAACCCUGAGACCGACGUCUCUAUCAAGGACGACAAAAUUACCCUGGACUGCAAGGCCUGUGGGCAGCGGUCUGAUGUUGACCCUCGCCUCAAGCUAAGCACUUUCAUUGUUCGCAACAACCCUAAGGGUGGCAAGAAGGAGAAAAAGAAGUCCCGCCGUGAGCGAAACAAGGAGAAGGCUGCCAAUGGCGAGGAUGCUAGUCCAGGUGACAGCAACAACUCCGAGAAUGGUGAUGAUGGAGAUUAUGCUCUCGAGGCCAACAGCGAUGAUGAAGUGACCCGUCAAGCUCAGGCCAUCGAGGCCGAGGCCGAGAUCAAGGAUCACGAGUGGGCCGUUGACGUUUCCGAAGAGGCCGUGAAGGCUCGUGCUAAGGAGCUCCCCUUGGACCUCAAGCGUGCCCUUGUCCUUGAGGAUGUCGACGACGAGGGAGCUGAUGGACCCUCGUCCUACGAGCAGUUGGGCAGCUGGAUCGUUGAAACCGCUGCUGAGAAGGGCGGUGUUACCAACGUUAGUGAUGUUGAGAUCUACAUGAAGGCUAAGGAGUUCGGCAUUGAGAGCAAGCACAAGACUGUUGCCGUUCUGGCACAGAGCAUCUUCGAUGAGAAGAUUGCUAAGCAGAUUGAAGGUCGCGCUGGUUUGCUCAAGAAGUUGAUCACCUCCGAUCGCCAUGAGAAGGCUUUCCUCGGUGGUACCGAGCGCUUCGUUGGCCAGGAUCAUCCAGAGCUUGUCGUCCAGAUCCCUGCCAUAUUGCUGGGCUACUACCAGAAUGACCUUGUGUCUGAGGAAACCCUCAAGGCGUGGGGUGCCAAGACCAGCAAGAAGUACGUUGAUAUCUCGACCAGCAAAAAGAUCCACAAAGCUGCUAAGCCCUUCAUUGAGUGGCUCGAGAAUGCCGAGAGUGACGAGGAGAGCGAAGAAGACAGCGAGUAG